GGUUCGGCAGGGGAAUAGGGUGCAUUGGCUAUUCACCUAUCUAUCCAAGUGGAUUUUCGGAUCUGGGCCCAGCACGAGUGACUGGGCCAUGAACCACCUCCACCAGUGCAUUUUGGGCCAUUCCCCUGAUUACUUCCCUGUGGCCCCAGAUUUGUAUAGAUCUUUGUUUCUUUCCCUCUAGAGUCUUGGGCCAGUUGCCCAGUUCCCCAUUGACCUUCAUAGCCCUCGGGAUGCUGGCCAAAGCCAGGGGGCCAAGACAACAGAGCCAAGAGACAUGGGAAGGACUCAGACCUCAGCAGGACGUGAUUCUUCCAACACGUCCCUGGAAAACCUCUGCCCCAUCAAGAGAUGCCUCCUGCUGCUUGGGGCCAUCGGGCUGCUGGCAGGGGCAGCCAUUGGGAUGUGGCUUCUAGUGAAAUUCCUGACAGCGCCCCUGUCGGACCAGGAUUCCAGCCCCCUGCAGGACACAGAGUCGAUCCCAAUCUGCAGAGACGCCGGGGAAGACGAGCCCAUUGUCACCACGGCUCCCAAGAGAGUAAAAAGCCAGGCAAAGCCAGGCCUCGGCCUCCCUCUUCGCUCCCUGGAGGAUGUUCACAAUCUCUGGGGCUGCGGCAUCACAUUAGCAACCUGA